AUGCCUCCACCAUUUGAUAUGAUUUCUAAGAUGCAUCCUCCUAGAGAGGCUUGGAGGAUGAAAGUUAGGGUUCUAAGGCUUUGGGUUGUACCCUCUUUUGGUAACCAUGAGGUUCCUAACUCAAUGGAGAUGAUUCUCCUUGAUGAGCAUUGUGGAAAAAUUCAAGCUACAGUCAAGAAACCACUCCUUAAUAGGUUUAGGGAUCAUAUAGUUGAAGGACAAGUUUAUAGAAUGGCAUAUUUUAGUGUUGUGUCAAAUCAUGGUAGUUAUAGAGCAACUUCUCAUGAAUUCAAAUUGGUUUUCCUUCACCGAACCACUGUUGUAGCUGUUGAUAAAGAUGUUAUCCCUAAGACUUGUUUCAACAUGUUUUCUUUUUCUGAGCUGCUGAACAUGAUCCAAGAUUAUGAUUUCUUAGUUGAUGUCAUUGGUCUUUUAACUUCAGUCGGAGAAGAGAAAGAAUAUGCAAAAGAGGGAAAAAUUGUGAAAAUGAUUGCAUUGGAAUUAACUUCAAAAGAUCUUACACCUGUUGUAGUUAUUCAACUUGCAAAAGUCAAGUUCUUUAGGGGUCAAGUAGGUCUUCAAAACGUGAUGUAUGCCACUCAAAUGUUAUUUAAUCAUGAUAUUCCUGAAGUUGUUGAAUUCAGGCAGAGUAUGAUUGAGCAAGGUGUCAGUGGUACCCAGCCACUGUUUAUUGCAAAUGAGGGUAAAGUUCUCUCCUUGGAAGAUGAUUUCAUGCAUUUAACUAGAAAAUGCACUAUUGAAGAGCUUCAAGAUAACAAUCAGGAGGGUUCUUUUAUCAUUUUUGGUGCAAUCCAAGGUAUUGUUGAGGAUGGAGGUUGGUGGUAUUCUGCUUGUGUGUGUGGAAAGGGUAUCUAUCCUCAAAAUGGUGCCUAUUACUGUGAUUUUUGUUUGAAGCACAUAACCAAUGUCACUCCAAGAUUUAAAAUUAAAGUAACAGUUGAAGAUCAUAUUGGGGAGGGUAUUUUCCUUCUCUUUGAUCGUGAGGCUUCUUAUUUGCUUAAGAAAUCAUGUGCUGACUUGUUUACUGAGCUUAUAUGUGGGGAUACUUAUCCUCCCAUAUUCCAAGGGCUCAUUGGAAAGAAGUUGCUGCUCAAGGUUGAUACCAAAGGUGUCCCACAUGAUACAUUUUAUGGGACUUUCCGAGUUAGGAGAAUUUGUGAUGAUUCCACCAUUAUUGCGAUGUUUGAACUUCCCAAUUAUGAAGCUGAUGAUGAGUCUACUCCAAAAAAGCCUGUUGUUUCCGGGAGGACUGAGUUUGUUGGCUUAAUUGAUGGUGAGCAUGGAAAAGAAGAGAAAACUCCCAGCAAUGAUACUUUUAGUGAUGAUCUUUCUGCUGAACUGGAUAUAUUGCUUAGCUCAACAGAAAAAGAAACUCAGGAUCUGAUGUCCCAUGUUCUUGAAGCACCUUCUCAAAAUGGAGAGAAGCUUACCCAUGAAAAUCAUGUUUUCACCUCCAAGAGUAAGAGGAAUUUGAAUCCUAAAUUUGAAGAGGCUGCUGUUGAUGCAGAUGGGCGUGGGUUCAAGGUUGCCAAGGUUAAUGGAGUUUGA